GCCGCCCCUCUCCCCCGUGCCUCCUCCUCCCUUUCCCACCCCUCAGAGUGGAGCUGCACAUGCGGCAGCUCCCUGCUCCGUUCCGCCCAGCCUCCGUUGCUUUGGAACGGGUCCCUGCAGCCCCUAACCGAUGGCAGGGCAGUAGCUGCCUGUCAGGGGUCCUGAACGGCUGAGGCAGACGCGGCGGCUCCAGGGCCUCAGAGAGUGGGUGUCUCCGGAGGCCAUGGGCUACCCAGAGGUAGAGCGCCGGGAACCUCUGCCCACAGCAGCGCCGCGGGAGCGGGGGAGCCAGGGCUGCGGCUGUCGCGGGGCCCCUGCCCAGGCGGGUGAAGGGAACAGCUGCCGACUCUUCCUGGGUUUCUUUGGCCUCUCGCUGGCCCUCCACCUGCUGACGUUGUGCUGCUACCUAGAGUUGCGCUCCGAGUUGCGGCGGGAACGGGGAGCCGAGUCCCGCCUUGGCCCCGGCACCCCUGGCACCCUGAACAGCCCCGGUGGCCUCGACCCUGACGGUCCCAUCACUCGCGACUCCGGGCAGCCAUCACCUCAGCAGCAGCCGCUGGAAGCAGAAGAAACCGCACUCCCCCCACACUCCCGGGACGGGCACCAGAUGGCCCUUCUGAAUUUCUUCUUCCCUGAGGAAAAAUCAUACUCUGAAGAUGAAAGGCGUUUUCGCCGCAAUAAAAGAAGCAAAAACAGUGAAGGAACAGAUGGUCCAGUUAAAAACAAGAAAAAGGGAAAGAAGGCAGGACCUCCUGGGCCCAAUGGCCCUCCAGGUCCUCCAGGCCCUCCAGGACCCCAGGGACCCCCAGGGAUUCCAGGAAUUCCUGGGAUUCCAGGAACAACUGUUAUGGGACCACCUGGCCCUCCAGGUCCUCCUGGUCCUCAGGGACCCCCUGGCCUACAGGGACCUUCUGGUACUGCUGAUAAAGCUGGACCUCGAGAAAACCAGCCAGCUGUGGUGCAUCUACAGGGCCAAGGGUCAGCAAUUCAAGUCAAGAAUGAUCUUUCAGGUGGAGUGCUCAAUGACUGGUCUCGCAUCACCAUGAACCCCAAGGUGUUUAAGCUACAUCCCCGCAGCGGGGAGCUGGAGGUACUGGUGGACGGCACCUACUUCAUCUAUAGUCAGGUAGAAGUAUACUAUAUCAACUUCACUGACUUUGCCAGCUAUGAGGUGGUGGUGGAUGAGAAGCCCUUCCUGCAGUGUACCCGCAGCAUUGAGACCGGCAAGACCAACUACAAUACUUGUUAUACUGCAGGCGUCUGCCUCCUCAAAGCCCGGCAGAAGAUUGCGGUGAAGAUGGUGCACGCCGACAUCUCUAUCAAUAUGAGCAAGCACACCACCUUCUUUGGGGCCAUCAGGCUGGGUGAGGCCCCAGCAUCCUAGACUCCCUCCUGUUUUCUGCCCCUGCCCAUGCCCAUGUCCCAGGUUUGGGAGCCAGGACUCCCAGAACCUCACAGUGCUGCUGUGGAGUGAGGUAUGUGGGUGUUGCAGCCACAGAGAUCAAUACCCCAGUGCUAUUUAUUCCCCAGUGACUCCAGGAUGACAAGGCCUGCUUAACUUUUCAGAAUGACCUUGGAUUAACAGGAUGGUUGACGGGGCCCCAGGGUUUGCAGGAAGCAGGACCCUCUUCCUCUGCUCCAUGUCAACUGGAUUAUGGCAUGACUCUUCAACCUUCAGGUCCCUGUGGUCAGAAUUACAGUUUCUUGCACUAAAAUGGGGUUCCAGGGCAGCAGGCAAGAGAAAGCAAAGGUGUACUCCAGACUGUGGGGGCAAGCCUCUGAUCCUAAGGGGCUGUUGUUCCUCUCUUGGGUAGGGCUGGGGUCAAGAGUUGGGGGGAAGGAGAGUGUUGAAGCCAAAGCAGAGGGGCAGGGAGGGGAAAGGCAGCCACUUGCGGCAGAGACCUAGGGAGAAACCGACCAAGCAGGCAUUCUGGGAAGUGGAAGCCUUGCUGAUCCACGAGGUGGCCCUGCUGGAGGGUCAGAGGGUCGGAGAGCUCUUCCUACUCAGGCUGAGAGCCACUUGGCAGCUUGCCGGGCUUUGGGGACAAGGAGGUUUGCUCUUCUCCAAGCAGUUGCAGGGAAUGGCCACAAACCCUCCUGCACAAGAACCUGAGGGCAAAUUUGGGGCCACACGUCUUUCACUUUGUUUACAGCCACGUUCCAUGCUCAGAAAAAUUUCUGGGUCCCCUCCUGAUCGCCCCCUUUCCCAGCCUGACCAGAAUUCCUGUCUUCUUUCUCCACAGAGCCUACCUCUGUCUAAGACAGGUGCCUCACCUGGGACUUGUGCUUAUGUGAGUCUGGGAUACUCUUUCAAUGACCUGGGCACAACGAGACUUUUCUGUUUAUUAAGCAAUGCAAAUAUUCAUCUAGUCAACUUGUGUCUGGGGACAAAGUGUUGGACUGGAUGACCUCUGGGAGUCCCUUCAAAUUCGAAUAUCUAGGCAGCUUCUAUGAUAACCUAAGAAAAUUCACAACCCCUAGCCUGCUCCUCCUAGGCAUCAGCAAGGCAGAACUUUUCUGCCUGACCUCAAAAGGGCAAGAAGUGAGAUAGGACAGUGGGGUUUUGUUUUGUUUUGUUUUUUGUUUUUUUGUUUUGUUUUGUUUUGUUUUUUUUGUUUUGUUUUUUGAGUUUGCUGUGACCCAGUGGCCAUUAGCCUAGUCCCUACCCAAAAGGACAGCAGCUGAUGCCCUACUGACCCACCUUGCUUCACUCUGGCUUCAGAAAGCCACAGCAGAGUCACCAAAGAUUCCAGUGCUGGUGGUCUGAUUCUAGGCUCAAGAGAAGCCAGCAUCUAGGCAUUGGGCAAGGCUCUGCCCUGUAGUCAGAUCCAAAGACACCUCCCCACCCCCUGACCCCAGCUUCCCCACUGGAUCAUAUAAUGGGACCACUCAAGGGCCUUAUCUCUAACUGCCUGGGGCCAGCCUGGUUUCUGGAUGACGGGUCUAGCCCAAAGCUGGGACAGGCCAAUCUUGUACAGUGUGCUACUUUAGCUCCCAAAACAAGUUACCUUUGAGGGGAUGGGCAAAAGCCCCUUCAGGCAGCUAAAAUCCACCAAGAACAGGUACUCAUUUCUCCACUGUGCCUUCCCUUUCCAAACAAUUGUAAUGCUCAGCCCUUCACAGGUCAGGGCCCAAGGUGGUGGGCUAUGCCUCCAUUGCCUGGUUGCUAAUGACAACCUUGCAAACCAAUUUGGGGUGGACUUUUGGCAUGUGUCUGGCCCAGGCUCCUGUAAAGUGCCUUAGGCAGUCCUCAGUUGUAGCAAAAACGGAAGGGAACCUCUCCUUCAUAUUUGGAAAGUACUUUCUCUCUCAUUAUCUCCUUUGAUAAUAUGAUGAAUCCCAUUGUUUAGACAAGGCUCUCAGAGGUGAAGUGCUUUGACCAGGAUCUUAACCAGUUUAAGCCUCAGACCUGGCAGGUCUAACUCCAAAGCUAUGCCAUUAUGCUGCAGCAUUGAGUUGAAUUUGUGGUCUAGAGAGAACCAAUAAAAAUGGGAAUAAGGACCCAAAAUUCUUCAGUGUCCCAGAGAGAAAUGCAGAAAUGCUCAUUUUCAUUUCUUGAUGUUCUUUUGGCUGCCAGGGGCUUUGUGGCAAAAGAGUAGGACAUUUCUUUGGGAAACACCCAUAAGCCUUAGAGCUCUUUUGGUCAGAGGAAUUGUCUUGGUACCAUGUCUAAGCAGCAGGCCUCCAGUACCCACCGAACUGUACCCCUUAUGGUCUUCCACCCACCCAAUGAAUGACCCAACCACCCAUCGUGUACGGAAACCCCUGCCACAGGCAAAGUUGUCCACUGGUUCCCCUACAGACAGGUUAUGGGAGCUAGUCCACUUCCCACAGCUACUAAGGGACUCCUUAGCCCUUUCUCUCCAUACCACAAAGAGCUUUGUACCCCCAGGAUAUCUCCUAAUGGAGGAAAGACCUGAGAGAGGACUGGCUCUAAAGCCAAAUGUGUGUGAGGAGAGGGAAGGAAAAGGCUUCUUAAUUGUACCCCUAAGGAACAGUCUGACACCCACCCUGUUGUCCAGGCAUGGAGGGGAUCAUAGUGGGAAUAGAAUUUGCACAGGGAAAAAAAAGAAUUUGCACAGGACCCUUUAGCCAUUAUGAAUCCUCAAAAGGAACUAGAGGGGGGGAAGGUGAUGAAGGAAGCAAUAGACAGCUGGGGAGCCCUGUUGCAGUGAAGUCAUUGACAAAGUGAUGAAGCAAUUUACUAGUAAGAGGAUGUGGAAAUAGAUUUACAGUCUGGAAUUGCGCUGACCUGAGUUCACCAGAGGGCCAAGGCUAGCAUAGAGAAUGGGGAUGAGGACAUUUGUGAGCAAGCAGAUGGCAGAGGUUUGAAGGAGAAUUGCAUGGCGGAGGCCUUUGCCAGCUGCUUGGGCUUCGGCAGCCAAAGCUGGCAUAAAAGGCAGCCAUUGGGGGCUGCUUGGCCACUGGUUUCUUGGGAAAUGUAGUCUUUGCCUUCUGUUCCCCUGCAUCCAUCCUGAGCCAAAUUUCUUUUGCUAAGCAGGAAAGGGCCAGGAACAAAGACUUUGAUCCAUGUGUGAGUAUGUGUGUUUUAUGUAACUUCCAGUGGAUGCAGAUAGAUUUCAGAGAAAUUUAGAGCGAGAACCAGAGGCCCAGAGAUGGAAGGCGACCUGUCCAAAGUGAACAAGCUGUGACCUACAGACUCAAAGGAGUGAGGGGGUGGAGCAGUCUCUGUCCCACGGGGACCCCUCCUUUCUUCUGCCCAGAGACUCAAGGCUAGAAGCACUCCCUUUCAGGAGCCUGGCAGGGCAGGGAAAAGGGCAGCUGCAGCUGCCACCAGAACUCUUAUCCCCGAGACAUUCUCCCUGCUCCGGUCUCUGGACUGGAAGGCUCUGGGCUGGCCCAAUACCAGGAAGUUCUGAGGCUCCCAUGGCAUUGCCUCAGCCUCCCUUCCCUGCCCAGAGGCUCCCCUAGGCCAUGUGAGCACAAAGAAGGAACCUAUCGUUUCUUUUCAUUCCUGUCAGGGCUUUCUCCAAAAGGACUUGGGGUAUGUCAUUUCUUGAUCCAAAAUACUUCCACCUGGGGUGAGGGGGUGAGCUUUGUGGUAAGAAUGGCCUGGAGUAGGCCCAGUGCUGCUUUGGGGGGGGGGGUUCUUAAUCCAGUGUGAGAUACUAUGUAUAUAAACUAUAUAUAAUGUAUAUAAACUGGGAUGUAAGUUUGUGUAAAUUAAUGGUUUGUUCUUUGCAAAUAAAGCUUUUUCCUCCCUUGUUCUUGAAA